AACCAACGAGGUUGUUUGUUUCUCUGUUUUGAACAUUUGCAUAUGUAUGAAGUGUCAACACAGUGGCGCGGCAUGCGAGGCACGAGGCGGACUUUCCCACGCUCUUAGAGGCCAGGCUGGUGUCACGGGGCGCGCGCUGGGAGACCUCGGAGGUUUGGGUGCGGGACAUCGGCGGUUUUCAACAACAUUCGGGUCAUAUGGGAGAUUUUUCACUGUCAUUUGUGAAUAAUGAUAGCGUGUUAUCAGGGCUCACGACAUUCCAAGAUGGAAAAGGCCGACAUAUUGGAGAUGACCGUCCGCCAUUUGAGGCAUAUACAACGACAACAGUUUGCAGCCGUUGCCAAUUCCGACCCAACUGUCCUAAACAAGUACAAUGCCGGAUUCAACGAAUGCACCUCGGAAGUGAGCCGAUACCUCCAUUCCAUCGAAGGCGUGGACCCCGACAUCCGCGCCCGUGUUUUGGAUCAUUUAGCCACGUGCGUUGCUAACGCCACCGGGGUCAACUCGGAGGGGGAGAGAAGUUUCACCAUCCCGAAUGUUGCCUCGAUACGACCGAUGCCUACGCCACAAACCACCGUCUCUCCACGCGCCAGUGACGUUGAUGGGUCGGGCGUCGCUAACGUGGAAACGCCCAGUUCGUUUGGAAGUCCGCAGUACGCCCCCACUGGUCACGUGAUGCCGGAUUUCACCCCAGGGAAGGGCAUGGUACAGUCCAACGCAUGCGAAGUAAGCAGGUCUACUUCCGCCCCAGCACAAACGGCCACUGUGACGCCGUUGAGCGCGCAACAAAGUAGUUCCGGGAACGUGGCCAUAGGUGGCUUACAGGUCAUACCUACUCGACUUCCGUCGGGAGAAUUAGCGUUUGUUCUUCCUCAAAAUGUGAUAAACUCUGCGAGCCAAGUUCCGGCUCAAAGCUACAUCCUUCCUGUGUUUGCUGGGAAUACUGGCAUGGCUUCCAUGACGUCAACAGUCCAGCCGUCGGCCUCCAUAACGACAACAACGGCUCUACCACUCCCCGCGCAGGCGCAGUCUAUAUCCUCUAACGCGCAGAGUCAUCAACACGUUGCUAUGGCAACGCUACAAAGCUCCCAGCAGCCAGCAGCUCCAAUACGAAUAGACACGUCCUCGACUCAGAGUGCUUUCUUAUCCGCGCCUUCGAUUCUUUCAAUGAACGGUUUGUCCGGGACGGUGAAUCUCUCUCCAAAUUUUCCCUCUGCGAGUGGGCAGGCGGGGUCGAGCGUUCAACCAGCGGGGACUCAGUACCAGCCAGCGCUGCCUUCUAUCAUCAUGCUGCCGUCGAACUAUGGAAGUCUACAGCAGCCCUUUCAGGGGAUCACGCCCAAUCUCCCAGGGUUGGUAAAACCCGGGGAACCGUUCCACAUCCCUUCCCUGAAGGAAGAAGACGUCUGGAGACCGUGGUAGCUGAGCUCUGUUAUAAAUAUGCUAUAUAUUUUUUAUUCUCUGUUAAUUAUUUUGAAGUCUUUCUUGUGUUAUCCAAAUAAUAUUCAAGAAUCAAUAUGUUCAGUUCUAUUAAGUACUCAGC